AUGUCCAUCCGUAUCAAGCUGGAGCACAGAGGCUGUAGGAACGGCAACGCCUGCCAGUCGAAACACGCGAACAUCAGAUCCUUCAAUGCAGAGAUUGUUCCCACAUUCGAGAAGCAGUCGAUCGGCCACAUCCACAUGAACGUCCUCGGCAAGAACGAAAUGGAUCUCGAGGGCAUGUGGGAGGAAUGCCGGGCCUACGACGAAUACCAUCUGGGCGGGAAAUUGGAGAAGAUCGAGAACUUCAUCUCGAACGAGGCAUUCCGGCAGGACAAGGCGAACAUGAUCCUCAAGGCCGAGUGCAUCCUCUACAUCGAAGAAGUCGUGUUGUUGCCGAAGUUUCGUGGUUAUGGGUGGAGCUUGGACGCGGUCAAGACGGUAUGCCUGUCAUGUCAAGGAGAGCGCCAUGUUCCAGUUGCUAAUGUGGAGGCUCGACAGGCAAUCGCAAAACUGCAAGUCCCUGCAGAGACGGUCGUCAUGCUCCAAGCUGGCGCCGUUGGCGAACACCAUCGCGAAGGAGACGCGGGAGAAAAGUUGACGAAGCAUUGGAAACGGAUUGGAUUUACUGAGUGGAGUACUACCGACGAUUCGUGGUUGCUGCUGUCGGUCAAGAAGGAUCUUCAUGUGGCGGGACGGGAUUCAUAG